UGAGCUGCCAGUUGCGGGAAAUCUUGCGCAGCCGCCACGCUGACGCAACUUGGUUUUGUUUUGGCUGGAUUCUCUGCCGGUAUUCUGUGUGCUUCUUGACUUAUUUCAGAAAGUUAGGUCACAGAAUAACAGUUAAAAUGCCUGCCGCCAAUACGGGUGCGAAGUUCAGUAACGAAGAAGAGCUUCUUCUGCAGGACUUCAGCCGUAAUGUUUCGACCAAGUCAUCAGCCCUCUUCUAUGGAAAUGCAUUUAUUGUUUCUGCUAUUCCUAUCUGGCUGUACUGGAGGAUCCACAUGAUGGACCUCUACUCCUCCAUCCCCAUCUUCCUCAUCAUCACACUGGCCUCAACCUACCUGGUGGCCAUGGCAUACAAAAACACCAAGUUCAUCUUGAAGCAUAAGAUCGCCGUGAAACGCGAGGAGGCCGUCACUCGGGAGAUGCAGAAGAAGCUGGCCGAGGACAAGAAGAUGAGCAAGAAGGAGAAGGACGAGCGCACGCUGUGGAAGAAGAACGAGGUGGCCGACUACGAGGCCACCACCUUCUCAAUCUUCUACAACAACGCCCUCUUCCUGGCCAUCGUCAUCGUGGCCUCGUUCUACGUGCUGCGCUCGUUCGCGCCCACCUUUAACUAUGUGCUCUCGGUGGGCUCGGGGGCCGGCCUGCUAUGGCUGUUCUCCACGGGCACCAAGUAGGCGGCCGGUACUCUGGCGGGCCGCUCGGCCGGCCGUAACGGGUGGGGAGGGAAGGUGGCGCCAGUGUGCCGAGAGCUGGCGCGGCGGAGCGCGGAUGAGCUCUGCGCGCUCAUUGACUGUGUGUUAUGUCACCCAGAUGACUAUUCCGUUCGUUUUUAUUUCCGGGAGAUUGUGGGAAGGUAAUAAACUGUACCUAUUUAUA